UCGACAUAUAACAUUAAAAUUAAUUGACUUCACUUCCUCUAAAUAUUUAGCUCAACCCAAAAUCAACAAAAACGUAUAUCGUACUUUAGCUGCCUAACCUAAACCAUCAUUCCAACUUAUCUCUUUCAGGUACUGAGAAUUGGGAACCGCGUUCAUAUUCAUGGUUUUUGACUCAUUAUCGGUGGUGCAGCAGAGCAUAGGCCCCCAUUUCUGAACCUUCUUUCUUUCUUCCUUCCAAAUCUCCAUUUAUUUAACACUCCCUUUAACAACACCAAAGCUUGUAUUUUCUCUUCUCCUAUUUAAAUUCCAUUCUUUUUGCUGUUUUGCUCUGUGAGAAUAUAAAAAAUGAAGGGGGUGUUGCUGUGGUACUGUUCGUGGGUAUGGUUAACAAUGGAGGGAGGAAAGGUAAUGGGGGCAACCGAGAGUUCAGGGGAGAGGAAGCUUGAUCAGACACCUACAUGGGCGGUGGCUGGGGUUUGUGCUGUUAUCAUCAUCAUUUCUAUUGUCUUGGAAACAGUUCUUAACAAACUUGGAACGUGGUUCACAGAAAGGCACAAGAGUGCUCUGUUUGAAGCCCUGGACAAGGUUAAAGCUGAGCUGAUGGUUCUGGGUUUCAUUUCGCUGCUCCUCACUUUUGGCCAGAGCUAUAUUGCCAGAAUUUGUAUCCCUAUAGAUGUUGCGAAUACCAUGUUGCCUUGUAAAUCUGAUAGUGAGAAAGACACCUCUGAAAGCAGUGAAGAAGAACACCGUCGAAGACUGUUAUGGUUUGACCGUAGAUCUUUGUCUACUAUUUCAACUGCUCCUAAAUGCAAGGAGGGGCAUGAACCGCUCAUAUCGGUUGAAGGGUUGCAUGAAUUACACAUCCUCAUAUUCUUCCUAGCUGUUUUUCAUGUUUUAUAUAGUUUUGUUACUAUGAUGCUGGGGAGACUAAAGAUUCGUGGCUGGAAGGUGUGGGAGCAGGAAACUCUAUCUCAUGACUAUGAGUUUUCAAAUGAUCCCUCUAGAUUCAGGCUUACUCAUGAGACAUCUUUUGUAAAAGCUCACACCAGCUUUUGGACUAGGAUUCCUUUCUUUUUUUACAUUGGGUGCUUCUUUCGACAAUUUUUCAGGUCUGUUGGGAGGGUUGACUACUUGACAUUGCGGAAUGGAUUCAUCAACGUUCAUUUAGCUCCUGGAAGUAAGUUCAACUUCCAAAAGUAUAUCAAAAGAUCAUUAGAGGAUGACUUCAAGAUCGUCGUAGGAGUAAGUCCAGUGCUCUGGGCAUCAUUUGUGGUCUACUUGCUGCUAAAUGUCAGAGGUUGGCAUGCACUAUUUUGGGCAUCCUUAGUUCCUGUGAUUAUAAUCUUGGCUGUUGGGACGAAGCUUCAAGCCAUUUUGACAAAAAUGGCUCUUGAAAUUACAGAAAGGCAUGCCGUGGUCCAGGGAAUGCCUCUUGUACAAGCCUCUGACCAAUAUUUUUGGUUUGGCCGACCCCAAUUAGUUCUUCAUCUGAUUCAUUUUGCAUUAUUUCAGAAUGCAUUCCAGAUAACUUAUUUCUUGUGGAUCUGGUAUGCCUUUGGGAUCAAAUCGUGCUUUCAUGCUGAUUUCACGCUCGCCAUAAUUAAAGUUUCUUUGGGUGUUGGAGUUCUGUGUUUGUGCAGCUACAUCACCCUUCCGCUAUACGCCCUAGUAACUCAGAUGGGUUCGCGCAUGAAGAGGUCCAUCUUUGAUGAGCAAACAUCCAAGGCCCUUAAGAAGUGGCAUAUGGCUGCAAAGAAGCGAGGGAAUGCAAGAAAAUCCCCCACUAGAGCCCUGGGUGGAAGUACAAGCCCAAGUUCAACAUUGCAUUCCACUGGACACUCACUUCAUCGAUACAAAACUACUGGUCAUUCAACUCGUUCAUCAUAUAACUAUGAAGAUCGUGACAUGUCUGAUCUUGAAGCUGAACCAUUGACACCCACAUCAACGAAUUUAAUAAUAAGAGUGGAUCAUGAUGAGCAUGCAACUGAAAUAACUGAAACCUACCACACAGAAGCAAGAAAUGAAGAUGACUUCUCCUUUGCAAAGCCUGCCCCCGCAAAGGAACCGUGAACGAUAUGUGGGGUUGAUGCUAAAGGGGAGGACCUGUUAUAUAAAUCAUUUGUUGAAUACGAUGUACGGAAUAUAUUAAUAUCUUGGUUGAAAUGAUUUUGGUUAGGAAGUGUUGGUGUACAUUGAUAGUGCUUGUUUAAAAAUGGCCUUCUGCGGAAUAUAUUGAAAUGAUUUUGGAUAGGAAGUUUGUUUUUCUUGAAUACAGUGCUUGUUUAUAAA